AUGCACUCAACAGAGACUGAUAAUUAUUUUUAUGUUUCAGUGAAACAAGAUUAUGAAUUUGCUAUUGGCCACCUGAAGAGGUUUUCUUUCCGGGAGUUACAAAAUGCGACGAGAAACUUCAGCUCUAAAAACAUUCUAGGACAGGGUGGAUUUGGAGUUGUCUACAAAGGGUAUCUUCCGAAUGGGACAGUGGUGGCUGUCAAAAGACUGAGAGAUCCAAAUUUCACCGGAGAAGUGCAGUUUCAAACCGAGGUUGAGAUGAUAGGCUUGGCUGUGCACCGGAACCUUCUGCGCCUAUAUGGAUUCUGUAUGACACCCGAAGAGAGGUUGCUUAUUUACCCCUUCAUGCCAAAUGGAAGCGUUGCUGAUCGCCUUCGAGGUUUAAUUUGUGCAAAAAGUUGUCUCUGAUUAUUUCUUUCAAGUUUUCUGAAUUUA